AUGACGGAGCCUUUAGAUCUUUCACUCGCAUACCAGAAUAUAUCCAUAUUCUACAGUGGAGUCAACAAUGAAGAAGCAGCAAAAUGGAUCAAUAGUGUACAGAGCUCGGUACACGCAUGGACCCUCUGCGAUCGGAUCCUCUGCGAACGCCGGGAUCCAUUGGCUUGCUGCUUUGCCGCUCAGACACUUCGGCAGAAAAUUAUGAAGUCCCUUUCUGAACUUCCCAAAGACACUUAUUUAUCGCUCAGAGAAUCCAUGAUAGCACAUUUAAGCAACAUUGAUGUCUCAAGCCACGACCAAGUUGCUGAUGCCACAGCCACUCAGCUAUGCCUAGCCGUUGCUGAUUUGUACAUACAAGUGCCUGAAUGGAAGGAUUGGGUCGCUGAACUGCUAAAUCGGUUCUCGUCCCUCGGCGGGGACAGGACUAGGAUGUUGUUGACGUUGCUACGAGUAUUUCCAGAAGAAGUGCAAUGCUCCAGAGUAGGCGAAAACCGCCGCAAUGAAAUCAGAAAUGAGCUGGCUGCUAGUGCGGCUAGUGUUUUCACAUACUUGUCACAAGUGCUCGAAAAUUAUGCCUCUGAUCAAGAUAUGAUCAAGAAAGUACUCCUAUGUAUGUCAUGCUACUUGCAAAAUCCAGCGCUGUCCACAGAGUGUCUAGCGUCAAGUCCAUUACUGAACACAGUGUUUCAAAUACUGGCCGCACCUAAUGCUCCUGGCAGUUUGCAUGAUGCGGCUACGGAAUGCGUUGUCUCUGCGCUAAUACGGGCUGAAGAUUACCAGACACAUCAAGCUCUUGCAAUGAAUCUGCAAUCAGCUGUAUACCAACUUCAUGGUCCCUUCAACCAAGCCGUUGCAAUGGAAGACAUGGACAAGCUACAAAACUUUGCACGAAUUUUUGUCGAACUGGCGGAAUCGUUCAUUGAGAAGCUUGUUAAUGAUGGCAGUGACGAUCCGAAUAGUUUGGGCAGCAUCCAUACACUGGAGCUUUUACUGCUACUCGCUGGUCAUCACGAUUAUACGUUGAUAGAAAUGACUUUCAACAUCUGGUAUCGUUUGUCGGAGGGACUGUUCAGCUUUGAAGAUGAUCAACAUAUUGAGAAGUUUAAGCCAUAUGUUCAGAGGUACUUAGCUGCACUUUAUCGUCAUUGUCGAUACGAUACUGAAGAAGAGGGCAUACCAGAUCGCGAUGGAGACUUUGCUGACUUUAGGCUGAAGGUGAUAGAAACCGUCCGAGAUGUAGUAUUUGUUGUCGGAACAGAAUCAUGCGUGACGAGUAUGUAUAACAUGCUGAAAACAUGUAGCCAGUCUGGUACAUGGGAUGAAGCAGAAGCUGCUCUAUUCAUAAUCUCGACUGUCAUCAGCAACAUCAUUCCAGAGGAGAAUAAUGUGAUCCCCGAACUCGUACAAGCUAUAGUGACACUUCCCAUGACUUCACAUCCGGCUUUACUUCUCACAUCUGUAGAUUUGUUGGGAAGCGCAAGCGAGUGGCUUAGUAAAAAUACUUCCUUCUUAGGAAAAGUAGUUGAAUGGUUGCUACAGCUUGCUGUGACGCCUGCAUUCGCGGCCCCUGCUGCAGAUUCUAUUGAGAAGAUUACCUUGCGAUCAUCUGCCGAAUUGACUCAUCUGAUUCCUCUGCUGGUGCAACUAAUCCCUCACCUUGAGUCAUCCCAAAGUCAUGGAAAGAAAAUGGAAACCGCGAUCUCCAGCUGCCUAAAAGCUUGUACCAUGCUCAUCAUGAAUCUUCCUGCCGAAGAGAUACGAAGUCGCCUUGUAGAAUUAUGUCAGCCCAUCAUCCAACGACUGCAAAUGGUGCUCACAGCUACACCUGUAGUCGUGGCAAACAAUGAAAAUGAGAAGUCAGCAGAUUCUUGGGCGCGAAUUGCCAGUGAGCCCAUACUGUGGAUUGAUCGUAUCGCUACGAUAUUCCGAGAAGUUCGACCAUGGAAUGGAGGGGUCUUGCGGACAGUCAACAGUUCCGAUUCUCCUGACGCAGCACCUUGGCUGGAUAUUGCUACUGAGCUGUACAAAGUGCUCUCUGAGGCUCUGAAACGAUAUGAAAGCACGGCAAGGGUGGUGGAACACUGCUGUCGGUCGAUCAGGUUCAUUGUACGCUCUCUUGGUGUCCAGUCUAUCGGAUUUGUUGAACCGCUAAUAACGCAGAUGAUGGACAUAUUCUCUCGUCAUCAACAUUCAUGUUUCCUGUACCUUUCUUCUAUAUUAGUGGAUGAAUAUGGCGCAAUGGAAUCUCUACAGCCUGGCUUGAUGAUCAUGCUCGAGACCCUAGCUCAUGGAACCUUUACGGUUUUAACUCUGGAGAAUGGACCUCGAGAUCACCCCGACACGGUAGAUGACUUGUUCCGGUUGGCUCAGAGGUUUGUCACACGGGCGCCAUCAGCUUUCUUUGUACAUCCAGUUGCGUCAGCCCUGUUUGAGUGUGGUAUGGUAUGUUUGUCGCUGGAUCAUCAAGAAGCAAAUAGAUCGGUCACCCGGUUCUUCACCUCCAUUAUUGAGCAAUUGUUGUCUGCUCGAAAGGAAAACUACCGUGAUCAAGGUGUGAUUGCGGCCGAGGAGCUAGUGAUUGCGCAUGGGGCGCGGCUGAUAGAGUUGACAUUACAAGCUGCAAUAUUCAAGGUGACAGGAUCGCUGAGGCGAGAUCUUGCAGAGAUUGUAUACAUGCUCGCUAAAAUUGAUAGAGGGAAACACAAAGAAUGGCUCAUAGCUGGAACUUCUCGUCUUCCACGCGGUCCUUUUGCUGCAACUGAUGAACAACUGGAGCAAUUCGUUGCCAACAUCACUGCUGAUCCCGAACGUGUGUCAAUGAGAGAUGUGUACACGCAGAUUCGCGACUUGAUAAAAUUAUACGAGUAGUUAAACCGUCAUAUUAUUGUCAUUCUGCGGGUCCUACAACAAUUGAUCUGACGUUCUGAUGAAGGAUAGAAAGAAGGACAGGAGAUGUUUUGAAGAACUUGGCAUUUAACGUUGUUUGAUCCGUAACAAUUUUGCUCUUGAGUUUUGUUCCCUUUAUCAUGAUAUCCGGUAUAUAAUUGAUUAUACUUGUACUCGUUAUUAUUCGAUUCGAGACCUCAUUGAUCAUUUUGCUCAUAUAUAUAUUGUUGUACAGUUUAUGUUGAAGCCGGUAAAGUAGCCGGCACUGAGGUUCGCCAUGUCUGCGCACCUCUUUAGGCUCUGACUCCAUAAGGUCUCGACAUGUGGGUUUACAGUAUUUGUUGGUAGUUUUUUGAACUUGUUUUUACUUGAUUACGAGUAGGUAAGUUUUAGGAACUUGUUGUUGACAUAUUAAGCUUAUUAAGUUUAUAUUGUAUAGAUAUUUUCAGUAGCCUGUGUAGGUCAUUUUACCAAUUCAGAGUUUUUCGAAGUUGGAUAAUCUUAUGUCAGUUUCCUAAGCGUUGUUUUUUUGCAUAAGAUGGACUGAAAUUUUGAUGAACCGUUACAUUAGGAAUUUUUGUCGGCCGCUGUAGGAAUAGCCUUUUGGAAACAUUGUUUUGUGGUUUGCGUUUUGCCUCAAUGCCUUAACUGUCAGAUUCAACUAGCCGGUUUUUACCUAUCUGCUUAGUUUCCAUCUCUGAAGUAAUUAUUUUGAUAUCUAUUCGUUUUUCUU